UACAUCAGCUCCCUCUCCUGGAGCAAAGACGGAACCUUCUUGGCUGUCGGCACCAGUGAUUGCAAAGUGCAGCUGUGGGAUGUUGAGCACCAGAAACGGCUGCGCAGCAUGGCUAGCCAUACAGCUAGAGUCGGCAGUCUCUCUUGGAAUGACCACAUCCUCUCAAGCGGAGCCAGGUCUGGUCACAUCCACCACCAUGACGUGCGCGUGGCAGAGCACCACAUCGCCACGCUGAGUGCCCACAGCCAGGAGGUGUGCGGCCUGAAGUGGUCCCCUGACGGCCGCUUCCUGGCCAGCGGCGGCAACGACAACAUGGUGUACGUGUGGCCCGGGAUACAGGAGAACGUUGCCAACAUGCGCACGCCCUUCAGGAGCAUCAACGAACACCAGGGGGCAGUCAAGGCCUUGGCGUGGUGCCCGUGGCAGGCUAAUGUCCUGGCUUCAGGAGGGGGAACCAGCGACCGGCACAUACGCAUUUGGAACGUCAACAGCGGAAGCUGCAUUAGUUCGUUGGAUACGCAUUCUCAGAUAUCUUCCCUGAUGUUUGUACCAAACUACAAGGAGCUGGUGUCUUCACAUGGCUUUGCUCACGAUAACAUCAUUAUCUGGAAGUAUCCAUCUCUCUCCAAAGUCGCAGAGCUUGAAGGCCACGAAGGCAGAGUUUUGAACAUGACACUCAGUCCAGACGGCGCCACUCUAGCGACUGUUGCCGCUGAUGAGACUGUGCGGCUGUGGAACAGCUUUGAGAAGGAUCCCGUCAAGAAAACGGCCAAACCCACCACCAGCAGCUUUAUUCAUCAGCGUAUUCGUUAAAGCGCCAACCAGAAAUUAUUUAUACAGAAUUCUUUUUUUAAAGUGUCUUGUACAGAGAUGUAUUGCUCCCUUUUUUAAAUGCCUCCAAUAAAGGAUAUCACCAGUCAGUGAUUUACAUUGUGUAAGGAUGCUGUAAGAGACAAAGACUAAUCUAGUAAACCUGUGCUGUUUGUUUCCCAUCACCAAUUUUGUACAUUUUCUCUCAAAGAUGUCAAUCAAGGCAGUCCUGUUUGUUAAAUGCAUUAAAAUGAUUAAAUUCAAUGAGUAAAGAUCCUUUUUUU